AUGAUUUCAUCUGCUAAGUAUCCAAUGCUCACUUCUACUAUACCAAUUUACAAUUAUUUAAUUGAUGAACUCAAAUUAUAUUAUAAUAAUCCCAACAACUCUUAUGAGAUUACUGCUGCAAUAGAUGCGAGUCUAAAUAAAUUAAAAUCAUAUUAUGCAAAAACUAAAAAUACACCUAUUUAUAACAUUGCAAUUAGACAAUUAUGA